GUAAAGAUAUAAUGCUAAUAGAUGAUGCUAAUGAAAACAGUAAAGUAAUGCAAAUGGAUAGCAGUAGUGAUGCUGAAGGUGAAGGUCAUACAGAAGAUGAUGCAAAAAGUGAUAAUGAAGAAGACGAUGAAAAUGAUAAGAGUAAUGAAGGAAGUGAAGAAGAUAAGAAUAAAGAUGAGGAUGAAGAUAAGGAUGAAGAUAAAAAUAAAGAUAAGGAUGAAGAUGAGGAUAAUGAUGAAUGA